AGUGCUGCUGAGAUAGUUCACAUUUGUGGCCUGAUCUCCUGAGUCAGCACCAAAACGCCCAACAGUCCAAAAGUCGCGUCCAGCUUUUGACAACACCACUGGAAGCACUUCUCUGAUGGUGGUCAAUCGCCGCAGUCAGACAUCGCCUGAGAAGGCAAAUGUCGAAGUCAGCCCAGCAGAGAUUGCCAAAGCCGCAAGCAAGCCCUCAUCCCCAACCAGUUCAUGGGGACGACAGGGUGCAACGAGCUGGGGCACCACGUUUGGCGCCGUCUUCAUGCUCAUGCUCUGCCCGCUCAUGACGAAUUGGUUCUUGGCAUCAUGCACGCACUACCAGUGCAACAUGUUCACCAUGCCUCUUGAAGUGGCCAAGGCCGGUUCUUGGCAACACAUCAAGCAGCUCUUGUCGACGUGGCUGCCCAUGCCAACCUGGAAGGCCGCUCAAAUUUACGCUGGAUGGCUCGUCUUUCAGGCAGUCUUGUACGUGACGGUGCCUGGCUCCAUUGGCUAUGGCCAGCGUACGCCCGCCGGUCACUUGCUUCCUUACUAUGUCAAUGGUCUCUCCUGUUACCUCUUGUCGCACGUGUUGUUUGUGGGUGGUGCCUACCUUGGUUACUGGAAGCUCAGCAUUAUUGCCGACAACUGGUCUGCUCUGUUUGUGCUCGCUAACUUGGCUGGCUACGGCCUCACUACGUUCUGCUACAUCAAGGCCUACGUCGCGCCUUCGCAUGCCGAGGACCGCAAAUUCACUGGUAGCGCCAUCUACGACUACUUUAUGGGUAUUGAGUUCAACCCUCGCAUUGGCGAGAUGUUUGACUUCAAGCUCUUCUUCAAUGGACGUCCUGGCAUCAUUGCCUGGACCAUGAUUGACAUUUCCUUUGCCGCUGCUCAGUACCAGUCUAUCGGCUAUGUGACCAACUCGAUGUGGAUUGUCAUCUUCCUGCACGCGUUGUAUGUGAUUGACUUCUUCUGGAACGAGGAUUGGUAUCUGCGAACGAUUGACAUUGCUCACGACCACAUGGGCUUUUACCUUGCUUGGGGAGAUCUUGUUUGGCUGCCACUCAUGUACACCUUGCAGGCGCAGUACCUCUACUACAACCCUCUCGAUCUUGCCAACUGGGCUGUCGUUGCUAUUUUGGCUAUUGGAUUAGUUGGUUACUACAUCUUCCGUGCUACAAACCACCAAAAGGACAUUGUUCGUUCAAGUGAUGGCAAGUGCAACAUUUGGGGCAAGCCAGCAGAAGUGAUCCGAACUACGUACAAGACAUCCGACGGUGUGUCUCACAAGUCGCUCCUUCUCGUGUCUGGCUGGUGGGGGUUGGCGCACCAGAUCAACUACUUUGGCGACUUGCUCAUCUCCCUUGCCAUGUGCUUGUGCUGUGGUACUGGGCACAACGCUCUGCUCGGGUAUUUCUAUGUGGUUUACAUGUUCAUCUUGCUCAACCACCGUAUCCUGAGGUCGGAGGACAGGUGCAAGGCCAAGUAUGGCAAGUACUGGGAUGAGUACUGUGCUCGCGUCAAGUACAAGAUGAUUCCGGGCAUCUAUUAGGCGGAUAUCAAUAGCCAACGAAAGACCGUAGUAUCAAUAGCUGGUCUCAUAGCAGUCACUUCUCUCAGACAUUUAUUCCUGCCAGGGAAUUCAGGCCGGCGUCAAGCUCAGUCUGACAGUCUGAGUCAGUCAAGUCCAGUUGUAAGUACAGUGUCAAUCCGGAAGUGGAAGCAUCGGCCCAUCCCAUCUAUGAAUGAAUCAGAAUGAUGAGUCCAUGAAUCUGGCCGAGGAAUUUGAUCUCUGAAGCGAACUGGCGACGGGCCGACGG